AUGUCUGACAUGCUACCAUUAGCCACCUACACUUUGAAUGUUGAACCUUAUACCCCGGUUCCGGCAAUCGAUGUAACGAUGCCCAUCACCAUUAGAAUUACUAUGGCCGCUGUGAACCCAGAAGCCAUCGAUGAAGACAACAAGCCAUCAACUUUAAGAAUGAUCAAGAGGAACCCUGAUUUUGAAGAUGAUGAUUUUUUGAGUGGUGAUUUUGAUGAAGACGAAAUGGACGAAGAAUCCUCUGAAGAGGAAGAAGAAGAGGAAAAAACUGAGAAGAAGAAGAAAAGCAAAAGCAAGAAGGUGGAAAGUGAAAGUGAUAGCGAUGAGGAAGACGAAGAAGACGAAGAAGACGAAGACGACGAAUUUCAGGAAUCUGUUCUUUUGACUUUAUCCCCGGAGGCCCAGUGCCAACAAUCUUUGGACUUGACCAUUGCUCCAGAAGAAGAAGUCCAGUUCAUUGUUACAGGCUCUUACGCUAUCUCUUUGAGUGGUAACUAUGUCAAACAUCCAUUUGACACACCAAUGGGAGUUGAAGAUGAAGAUGAAGAUGAAGACGAAGGCGCUGAUAUUUAUGACAGUGAGGACUACGACUUAACACCAGAUGAAGAUGAGAUUAUUGAUGAUGACGUCGAUGAGUUAGAUGACGAAGAAGAAGUUCGUAUUGAAGAAGUCCAAGAAGAAGUAGAAGAAGAAGAAGAAGAAGAAGAAGAAGAAGAAGAAGAAAAAAAGAAAGAAGUCAAACCAGAAUCCAAGAAAAGCAAAAAAGAAAAAAAGAGAAAGCACGAUGAGAAAGAAGAAGAAAAGAAAGCUAAAAAAGUAAAGAAGGUAGAGUUCAAAAAGGAUUUAGAGGAGGGCCCAACAAAGCCUAAAAACAAAAAAGAACAAGACAAACAAAAACCAAAGACCAAGGUUUUAGAAGGUGGUAUAGUAAUUGAGGACCGUACCACUGGCGAUGGUCCACAAGCCAAGAGAGGCGCUAGAGUAGGUAUGAGAUACAUUGGUAAGUUAAAGAACGGCAAAGUCUUCGACAAGAAUACUAGCGGAAAGCCAUUUGCGUUCAAGCUUGGUCGUGGUGAAGUUAUCAAAGGCUGGGAUAUUGGUGUUGCCGGCAUGUGUGUUGGUGGUGAACGUAGAAUAGUCAUUCCAGCUCCAUAUGCUUACGGAAAGCAAGCUUUGCCAGGUAUUCCUGCCAACUCCGAAUUAACAUUCGAUGUUAAAUUAGUUUCCAUGAAAAACUAG